AUGAAAGAUUACGGCCGUCAACGACCGUACGGGGACGGUGGCAUGCAGAUCCAGCCUUACAACGGCGAUCACGGGACCGGUCAUGAUUUCAGGAGCUAUAGUGCUUCGUACGUAACGACUGGGAACGAUCUGAAGAAAGGGAAAUCGAUUGCGAGGUCGAAAUCUUGGGGAAUAACCGACCCGGAGCUCCAAAGGAAGAAACGGGUCGCGAGUUAUAAGAUGUAUAGUGUUGAAGGCAAAGUCAAAGGAUCUUUUAGAAAAAGUUUCAGAUGGCUUAAGCAGAGGUAUACACAGGUUGUAUAUGGUUGGUGGUGA